AUGGACGUCCGACUGCGCAGCUCAGAGCGCAUGGUCAUCACCCACACCGACCCGGACGUCCAGACAGGCACCACCAACCUGGACAUCAUCGACCUCAAGUUCACUGACUUCGGCACGUACACCUGUGUGGCAGUGCUGAAGAACGGCGGCAUCCCCGAGAUCAGCAUCGACGUCAAUAUCUCUUCGACCACAGGUGAGCAACGGACUCUACUCUACUGUUGUCCUUCUAGUCGUUCUAAUAGCUGUGUGAUACUGAAGACACCUGUUUUACUGCACAGAGCUAGGCAAGCUUUGUCACCAAGUCUAAGUAGCAUAAAGUAGCUACAGGAAGUUAUUACAUUUACAGGAAGUCAUUACAGGAAGGCAUAGGUUACAGGGAUAUGGAAAGUCCUCAAUAUCUUUCAGUGGUUAUGAAGGAUGAGAUGAUGGGACUCCCCUACCCCUCUUAGUGGUCAAUACACAAAGUGCACUACACUACAAAGUACAGUAUGUGUACUUUAUAGGAAGAAUGGCACAUUGAGUUUCCAGUAAAGUCCGGAUUCUAAUGUGAGUGUUUUCAGGCCAGAUUGUUAUUAAUUGGGAUCGGUCCGUUCAACCAGGCCUAAAUCAGUCGCUAAUUGAUGUGGAUGUGUGGCUAAUGUUUUGUGACAUGUUCCUACUUCCAAACCUAAUGGUUAUUUACAGCCUGCUGCUAGAGGCUCUCCUGUGUUAUUUUCUCCUAAUUAGCUCCUCCCUCAGUAUGUUGCCUUUAGUUUGUUGGCGUCCGAACUGAUGCGAAAGAUCUUUAGGUGUGUUAUUUUCUGUUCUUUUUGAGAUAAUAUGUUUGUAAAGCAGGAGCGGAACACAAAUGUUUGAUGAUGGGCGUCCAUUGACAUGAUUAUCCUCGUGUGGGAGGGAGGAUUGGUAAAUUGACAAUGAAAUGGAAGGGAGAACUUAUAAACAUCAAGGAGCUGGCUAUUAGGAUCAUUGUGAGUAGUACUGUUUUGUACGCGGCCAAGCCGAGAUAGAAGCGAGAAGGAAAGAGCCGAGACCCGAUAGCAGGAGCAGCGAGGCUAUAAGAUUGCGAGUCAAGGACCGAGAAGCGGACAAGACGAGACGAGGAACAGAGCAGCGAAACACUCAGAGAGACUAACAACUGAGAAUAAACAAGAAAGAUACCCACGGACUCCGCUCAAAUCAUAUCAUCAGCUCGCAUCGAGAGGAAGGAGAAGAUCAGGACAGAAGAGAGACAAUAUCUCCUUCCCCAAACUCUUCCCUAUCUCUUCUCUCUAUCCUCCUCUUCUCACUCUCUCUCCUUCUCUCUCUCCUCCACUCCUUCCCUCUCUCUCCUUCCUUCUUAUCUAUCUGUCUUGAGUGGUUCAUCAGAUUCACAUUUUUAGGGCCUGUGUUUGCCUUUAUUGUCAUCUCCAGUAUAUUAUAACCAAUGGAGCAGAGUAGCAACCUCCAACAUGCAUUACUAAAAUCCAUUUGGACUAAGAGCAAAGUAAAGCCCGUCCAGAAUGAUUGGACCGGGUUGGGAUGAUGGUAUAUGCCUUUGGCAGAGAACCCCUGUGGUUGAGCGGAGCUGAAAGCUCAGGGGGGGGGGGGAUAGCUACCCCAUCCAAAUGCGCCAAAUGAAUGACCUGGCAAUGCCCAGGAGACCUGUCUCUUCGCCUCUCUGUUCCGUGUUCGCUCACUCUACUACUUAUUUGUCGCUAUUUUCUAUUCAUAGCUUUUUUCUUUCUGUGUAGCAGCAGCAGACAAUACAUUUCAACAAGGAUGCCACAGUCAUAGCACUGUUUGGGGUGGGGGGGGGAGGACAAGGGGGUGGUUCUGAGGGGUGGAUGGUCAGAAUGCACAAGGCUCCUACUCGUACUUUCUACCAACCCUUGAUCCUGGCUGGAUAACUACAGGGUGUGCAGGUUUUUGUUCUUGCCCACCAGAUUCCACUAAUCAAGGUCUAGGUGAUUCAUUGAUUAGUUUAAUCAGGUGUUAACGCUGGGUUGAAAUAAUACCUAGCACUCCUGUAUCAGAGUUUGAUAACCACUGCCACAAAGUAAAGUUACGUAGAGUAAAAAUAACAUAACGUAAAGUAACAUCAGAUAAAUGAACAUCACGUAAAUGAACAUCACGUAAAGUAACGUAAAGUUUCUCUCUCCUUCUCUCCCAGUCCCUCCGGAGUUAACGGUGCCACGGGGCAAGUCCCCCUUGGUGGUCCAGGAGGGUGACACGGUGGAGCUCCAGUGCCUGGUCUCGGGGAAGCCCAAGCCUAUCAUCCUCUGGUCGAGGGCCGACAAGGAGGUGCCCAUGCCCGACGGCGGCCUUCAGACAGAGAGCUACGACGGCGCACUGCGCAUCGUUAACGUGUCCCGUGAGAUGACGGGAACCUACCGCUGCGCCACCAGCCAGUACAACGGCUUCAACGUCAAGCCCCGGGAAGCCCUGGUGGACCUCACUGUGCAGUGUGAGUAUUCUGGAUGUACAGUGUUUUUUACAGUACACUUCUGA